UCGAGUUAAAUAACUCGACUCGCCCAUCGCUAUUCGCUACCACAGACAGAAUAUGAGAUUCAAAUAUAUUCAUAAUUCUAACCUCAAUUCGCUUGCUCAUCUGUUGGAUUUUUUGAAUUUUAUUUGAAUAUCCUUGUUAUUUCACUUGAAACUAAUUGAAGUUCUUUAAUAACGUCGUUAAAAAACAACUAGUUACCAUGUCGAAACCCGCUGCGAAGGGUUGUAAAAAAUCCAAUGAAGAGGUUUUUCAGGGUUUUCAAAAUCUCCGAGCUGAACAAAGACAACUAGCAAACAAAAUUUCAGAAUUAGAAAUGGAUCUCAAUGAACAUAAAAUAGUGAUAGAAACUCUAAAGGAUGUCGAUGGCACAAGGAAGUGUUUCCGCAUGAUUGGUGGAGUUCUCGUGGAGCGGACAGUCGCAGACGUACUGCCGGAGCUAGAGAGUAACCGCGAGCGACUGCCCAAAGCAAUACAGGCACUGCAGGAACAACUAACGAAGAAGGGUCAGGAGAUCAACGAUUACAUCGAGUUGCACGACAUUCGAGUACAGCGUGCUGACCGGCCGACGGAGACUGCGACUGAGCAACCCGCAGCAAAAUCGAAUGUCUUAGUAGCCAGUGGCUGACCCCACUUACAUGCUAGGUUUCAAGACCGAACAGGGAAACAAAUUACAACUGCUUCAUUUAUUUCGUUUUGUGUCCAAAUGUAUCAGUUUGAUUUAUUGGACAGCUGAGUGAUACAGUGAGUUAUGGCAUUUCUAUAGAUAUUCACAAAAGUAAUUUAAAUACAUAAUAUAUAUUUUGAUGAUUUAUCCAGCAGGCUAAUUUGCAUACCUAUUAACUAAAAACUAUUGUUAUUAUUGUUUGUUUUAUCCAGUCACAUUUGUGUUAUUCGAAUUCAACAUUUUGUAUUU